CGCAUAUCGUCAGAGAGAGCGGGGAGCAGCUCAUUCGUUCGUUCGAGCGUACCGAUCAAGCGCUCACCGUGCGCAGAACACCGUACCGAGCGCUCGGGAGAGUACAGUCCAGUGAAGGGUGACGAUCCCUGCCAGGACACGUCCGUAAGCGCCGUGCGGGGGGGGGGAACGUCAAUAUGCUCGCAGGGUGGGAAUGGUUCGGUGCACAGGCGACGCCGAGAGCGGGAGAAGAGAUACGAUCGAUGGACUGACGGAUGGACCGAUCGGUCGACUGCGGUCCUUACGCCGAUCGAUGCAGAUGGAAAUCCCGUUUGGACCGUGAGCCUCCCGAGGGCCCGGAAACCGAGUGUAAUCUGAUGAAUGCCCCCGGAGUUUAGAACGGCGUUUGACACGUACUGAGCGCUCGGACGGUGCCAUAAUUCCUAUUACUGCGAUGGGAAAGGCAACCAAGCGGGACGGAGGAGCAUCCUUCGCCAGGCGGUUUCUCCGUGGCUUCGGCUCCGUCGUCCUCCUCCUCCUCUUCCUCCUCGUCCUCGUCCUCCUCCCGAGCCGCGGGGUCCUCCCUGGCUCUCUCUCUGCAGCAGGAUGAGCAGGCAGGUGGUGCGCAGCAGCAAGUUCCGCCACGUGUUCGGCCAGCAGGCCAAGGCCGACCAGUGCUACGAGGACGUGCGGGUGUCCCAGACCACCUGGGACAGCGGCUUCUGCGCCGUCAAUCCCAAGUUCGUGGCGCUGAUCUGCGAGGCCAGCGGCGGGGGCGCCUUCCUGGUGCUGCCCUUGGCCAAGACCGGUCGGGUGGACAAGAACGUCCCCACGGUGUGUGGCCACACGGCUCCCGUGCUGGACAUCGCCUGGUGCCCCCACAAUGACCACGUCAUCGCCAGCGGCUCCGAGGACUGUACCGUCAUGGUGUGGGAGAUCCCCGACGGGGGCCUGACCCUGCCGCUCCGGGAGCCCGUGGUCACUCUGGAGGGACACACCAAGCGGGUGGGCGUCGUGGUCUGGCACCCGACUGCCCAGAACGUGCUGCUCAGCGCAGGCUGCGACAACGUGGUGCUCGUGUGGGACGUGGGGACGGGGGCGGCGGUGCUGACCCUGGGGCCGGACAUGCACCCCGACACCAUCUACAGCGCCGACUGGAGCCGGGACGGCGCCCUGCUCUGCACCUCCUGCCGGGACAAGAAGGUCCGGGUGAUCGACCCGCGCAAGGGCACCGUCGUCAUCGAGAAGGAACGCCCUCACGAGGGGACGCGGCCGGUCCGAGCGGUGUUCGUGACGGAGGGCAAGAUCCUGACCACGGGAUUCAGCCGCAUGAGUGAGAGGCAGGUGGCUCUCUGGGACACGAAGAAGCUGGACGAGCCGCUGUCGCUGCAGGAGCUGGACACGAGCAGCGGGGUCCUGCUGCCCUUCUUCGACCCCGACACCAACGUCGUCUACCUCUGUGGCAAGGGGGACAGCUCGAUCCGGUACUUCGAGAUCACGGACGAGGCCCCGUUCCUACACUUCCUGUCCAUGUUCAGCUCCAAGGAGUCCCAGCGGGGGAUGGGCUACAUGCCCAAGCGCGGGCUGGAAGUCAACAAGUGCGAAAUCGCCAGAUUCUACAAACUGCACGAGCGGAAGUGUGAGCCCAUCGCCAUGACGGUGCCCAGGAAGUCGGACCUGUUCCAAGAGGACCUGUACCCUCCCACGGCCGGGCCCGACCCGGCCCUGACGGCCGAAGAGUGGCUGGGGGGCAAGGACGCGGGCCCGCUCCUGGUGUCGCUGAAGGACGGCUACGUGCCCCCCAAGAGCCGGGAGCUGAGGGUCAACCGGGGGCUGGAGACCGGGCGCAAGCGGGGGACCCCGGACGCCGGCGCCGGCACCGGCACGGAAGCGGUGUCCCGGCUGGAGGAAGAGGUGCGCCAGUUGAGGACCACGGUGCAGGAGCACCAGAGACGCCUGGAUGAGCUGGAGCAGAAAAUCGGAGAGAAAUAGAGAGCGAGAAGAGGGCAGAGCGUGGGGGGGGCAGAGUGGAGGGUUUUACUAGACCCUUCCGGAUCCUGCUGAACAAACCGCCCUCAGCCGAGAUCUACCCAGCGGGGAACGACGGUCCCCGAGCCCCUCCAGCCCUCCCAUUUCACAGCCAGGACAGGAAGAGAGUUGUGAAGGGGCUAGGAAGACAAAUUAUAACUGAUUUAUUUUCUGAUAUC